UUUCAUCAAUGAAAUCUUCUUAGAUGCUGAAGGACCCUUAAAAAUAAUCGUGAGAUUUAUCGAUCGACAACACUUAAAUCUGGUACUUGGGACUCGGUACUCUCUCUCUCUCUUCCAAUUCGCCCACUUUACAUGGACCUUCUUACACACCUGCCAAACGGUGCAACUCACGCGCUUGAGUUUCUUGCACUGGUCGACCCUUGCGCAUAUUAUCAUACAUCCGUUCUCAAUUGACAUCGUCGUCUUUGUGUACUGUGGCUUUCAUGCGCACAACAAAGUUCAUCUUUGUUUUCGAUGCGUAGGACACUCUUAACGUUUUCAAACACCACUAGAAGGAGUACAAAUCAAAGUUAAUUCAGCUUAAAAUUUGUCAAACCGUUCCCCUGAAUUUAAUUAUUCUGCCAAGGUUUGCAUUUAGGUCUGCAACAGCGGACUUCCUUCACAAAUUCUUUCACUGUAAAACUCGCAGAUCGAAACGCAUGAGAAUAUCCGGCUUGUAUAUGGAAAUGAACGACAUGAUGAGGAGCCACCUUUUCCCUCUUUUUCAUUUCUUUAAGAAUGGCUCGCUCCAAAACAAAAGUAAUUUCUUGUCCCACACCAUCGUCAGACGCAGGCGUGCGCAGUUCUUGCAAACGAACGGUAAAUCUUUGCUUCGCUACUAAAUUCUUUAUCCAAUUCUUACCAGGACCACUCGCACCAAAUUCCAUUUCGAAUAAAGGCAUAUUUUCAUCAUCACUUUCUUCCUCUUCUUCGAUCGCUUCAGCAGCUGAAAUAAAUAUUCGUCCGUAACAUAUGUCAGCUUCUUCUUCCACUUUCUUUCUUUUAGGCACGAUUUCAAUGACUAACAUAAUUUUCUCGUGCCACACCGUUCACUUUAUAAUUCAAAUAAAGCGCGUUCGAUUCUCAUUGGUCAAUCAAACGUAGGGGGUAGGGGGGUAUCCCCUGUUUUUCGUGUUUGACCGGAAAAAACCUGUGUAAAUUCACUCACGCGAAUAUACGCAUUUCAGCUUCGACAGCCUACAUCACCCUGAUUGCAAAAGACAGCUAGAAAAUGGCAGAAAAGAAAAGACUUGACACAAGAAGAAGAGGAAAAACGAUCGUCGAGGGAAAAAGAGAACAACCCAUGGAUUCCGUCGAUCCAUUAAUUAAUCCAAAAUUAAUCACCUUAGCAACUCCAGUAUCGUCAUUACUACAAAGGUUUGGACGAGUCAGCCUUCGACAACAACGAACAAUAUCACACGGAAAUAGUGAAGAGAGACAUGACUCAAGGAUACAAUUUCAAAGAAUGUUAUCUUCAUUGGCCGAGAGAUUUUUAAAUCUUUUUGUACACAAAAUGCGACAACAAAUACAAGGAUUAAACGAUUGGGCUCUUUGCAGCAGGGAGAGUACAUUUGACGUCCCAAAUGCCAACUAAGGAUUCUGUUGUUACAAUAAGAAAACAUGUUUGCUUUGAUUGCAGACUUAAGUGUUGUCAAUAGUUCAUUGUGCAUGCGCGAACUUCCUCCAAAAGUAAAUUAGAAAUAAUUUCUAUCUGCGUGACUGCGUGACAAUAUGACGUCAUUUUGUCCUCUUGCGUGACAUAACCCCGUGUGACUCCAAAAUUCAGUUUCGGGGUGUGUCACAGUUCUGGAUCCUGAUUGGUCGAAACGUGUCGAAACGCGGUAUAAAAUACGGCUCUGUGAUUGGUAAGGACCUAGAGUAACCACCAUAACUACUUUUUACAUACUGACCAUGUCUAAAGUGGUAGCAAAAAGGAUUCAGCAGAUUUUAAUGACAAAGGUUAAUUUAGUCAUUGCCUCCCAAGCCUCCAAAUAGUUUGCUCAAGAAACGUUGGUUGAAAGACUCUGCUUUUGCUGGCUAUCCUGGAAAGGAACUUUCAUGAACCACCAAAAAGAAGAAAAUGCUGUGUAGAGAAGAAAUGAAGUUUUCUUUAGCGCACAGAAAUCUUGAAACAC